AUGUCUGCCAUUGCUCCUAUUACCGGUACACUAAAAAAGAGAAUUGCUGCUGAUCUCACCAUUGGGUUCGCCAUUGGUGGUGUUAUGGGCAGCUACUACUGGUGGGGAUUCCACAAGAACUUGAUUGCCAAAAGAGAGGCUUACUACGCCAAGUUGGCGGCUGAAAAGGCAGCCGAAAACUAG